CUACAAUUCCUCCCCCGUCAUCACCACCCAACCCCACGCCAUGCGGUCCCUCUCCCCUGUCCUCGCCUCUCUGGCGAACGUAUUCAAGAUCCCCAUCUCCCAGACCACAACAAGGCCAUCCGUGACCCGCGCCUGCAAUGAGGCACUCUUGAAAUCAACAACAAACGGCCCCAUCACCUCCGCCGUGCAGGCAUCGGCCACGAGAUCUUUCACGACGACCAACGUCCUGCUCAAGCGCAAAGGCAACGCUCCCCGCGGAGACCGCCGAGUUACUCUCAUCCGCUAUUUCCUCUGGCACCCGCUCACGCCCCGCCCUCUGCGUUUCUCCCGUACCCGCUUCCUCCGCCAUUGGACCAUCCACCGUGCCUGGAACCUGUUCCAGUCGCAGCAGCGUCGCGCCCAGCAGCUUGAGCUCCAGCGCCAGUGGCAGGCGAUGUCGGCUGCGUGUGAGGAGCUCCGGACUGGGGCCGGAGAUGGAGGCAAGCUGUUCCGGAAGUCAAUGAAUAAGCGUGGAGUGUUUAGGGAUUUGUUCCCCAUUGAGUAUGGACGGUUGCAGACUGAGGGCCCCAGUGAGGAAGGAUGGAAUCAUGAGUGGAAGAGGAUGGAGAAGAAAUAAGUUUGCUUUGGGUGGGACUAAGUGUGUGGUUUGUGGAAUAAGGGAGAUGGUGAUUUCUGUUGGGUUUGAUAUCUCUUCGUCUCUUGUUUGUUUUCUUGCCGGGUAUGAAGAUAUUAUUGUUGGCACGUACUGUAUCAUAACAUUGUUCAAGUUGGUUUUCUUUUUGGUUUUGUUUCCUUCUUUGACUACGCGAUGGUUGUAUGAUAUAUGGUUAGAGAUGGAUGGGCUAUUUUUGUAGUAUAACUAAACGAUGUCCGUAGCUUGAGAGCUGAG